AUGCCUUACUCGUCAAGUUCACACGUUCCUCUACUCCCUUCAGAUGCACGCCAUAAAUUGCAGCUCAGAAAAUGCUACAAUGAUUCGGCAAAUAUGGGGAAAACAGAUAUAAGGCGGCAUGUGCGGGAUACUGAUCAUGAUACUUCUUUACGACUUGGUAUCAAACGGAGAUACAAUUCACGUGGCAACAGUAAUGCGGUCAACUAUCAUUCGGGAGAACAAAAGCGAAUAAGAAAGUCAAGCCCCGGCUAUGGCUUUCCUAGUACAGAAAGUCAUAACUCUGAUGAAGAAUGGAAUCUGGGAAUAAACAAAACUGUUCCUCGUAAAGUAACUAGUUUAUCUAGGAAUCCUCUGUUAAGUGUUCGACCACAUGGUUACGGGAAUCGAUUUCAAGGUUACGAUCCCAAUCAAGCUACUGUGCCCAACAAAUUCAAAAACUACAGGCUGGAUGUUAAUAAUGCUAAUCAAAAUAUGGAUAAUGAGCAACUUUUAAUGCUGUAUUACAGUCAUAUGUAUCAACAGUACUACCGAACUUAUACGGCAACUGCUCUCUCAUUGUCAAAUUAUCCCAAUGCUGACUUACUACCUGCUGUUGCGGCUGCAGCUGCUAACAAUUCAGGUAUUCCAUCGGAUCUAACUUCUAUAGGAUCGGUACUAUCAAGUGGUAAUAGUUUUGAUUUUUCCAAACAUAAUCGAGAUGUAAAUAUACGUGGAAGGCGUCCAAAAAAAUAUCAUAAGCAUGAGUCAUCCAAUGUUUCUUCCCAUUCACCUGAACAACGUCAACACUCACAUUCCCGUACUUUUCGAUCUAAUAGAACAAACGACUCUUCUCGUUCCUCUGUGAAAGAUACAGUUGCAAAAGGGAAAGGAUUUAGAAAAAGAGAAUCACCUAUCAAAGUAAAAAAGACAGAAUACACUUCUGAAGAAAGUGAUGAACAUUUCCCAGAUUACGUCAGUAAUGAUCAGCUUUGUAAAGAGAACUCAGCAAAUGAUGAUAAUGAAAUUCAACAGAAAUCUUCCAGACGCGUUGUUCGUAGACGCUCGACUGUUGAAACUACUACGUCAACCAGACAGAAAGAGGAGUCAGUUCAUGACGAAGAUAAUUCCAAAGUAGUAACAUCAAAUACGUCUGAAAUUGUUACUGAGUCUAAACAAUCAUUUGGAGCUAAUAAUGAAGUUAGCACCACAGAAGCAGUGUCACCGAAUGAAACUGAAUCUGUUGAAGAAGGUGAGGCUAAGGAUGAUGAUACAUAUGGUGAGGAAAGCGAAGAAAAUGAAGGCGUACUUGAAGAAUCAUCAAGCGAAAACGAGGCUGACAGCUCACGUGAAACAGUUAGCUCAAAUCAACAAAACCAGAAAAAGGCGAAUAAUUUAUCAGAGUCAAAAUCUUCAAAGGUACAGAAAACUUCUACAUCCUCGACAUUUAGCCGAGUUGCAGCAGAAGGCAAGAGACGACAUGUUGAAGUCCUGCCUACUGACACUUUACUUCCUACGUCCACUGAGUUUGAUCAUGAACGUGGACCACUUUUACCUACACCAGUGGACGUGGAUAGACGACAUUUAAGAUUUCGUAACUCUGGUAAUGAUUUAUCAUUAUUCCCUGGUUGUGCUACAUCACCUCAUAUUCCAAAUGUCUUGGAAGCUGCUGCACUAAUGUCAGGUCUUUGUCCAUCUCUAUUUCCGUCUAUGAAUCCAUCGAAUUUGUUAAAUACUCUAAGAUGUCCUCCUGUUGAUUUCGCUCCACCAUUUUGUGAUCUAUUUAAUUUACCAAACCCAAUUGAAAUUCAGAAACAAAUAAAUAGUUUAAAGUUGAACUGCCAUCCUCCAUCUGAGUCAUCAGAACCUAAGUCUGGACGAAGUAAACAUGAGAACUCCAAAAUAAGAAGUGAUGUCAGGGAAAUUCGUUCCACGUUUAAUAAAAAUUACAACAUGAAAACUCGACAUGGGAAUGACUCGGACACUGAAAGUAAUAGUUCUUCUGGUUCAGAUUAUCAGUCUAAUGUUGUAGUACGCAAAUCUGUCAAUAGACCACUAUCUUCAGAUAGAUGUAUGUUUGAAACCCCAAAGAACAAGCAUUCAGGGAAAUUUUCAACAACACGUAAAGUGAAAGAUAAAAUGAAAAAAGAACAGGAACCAGUAUCAGACAAACAGGAAUUCUCCCGUAAAGGCAACAAAUAUAUGUCUCCUGAUGAUGCGCCUGGUCCGUCAGAUACAAAUUCUAAUAAACCAGUUUCGCGUGUUCCACGAGGUCCUAGAACACCGUCUAGUCCACCGUUAUCUUCUCAGGAUGAAGGUGAUUCUGGUGGUACAUGUUCACAUUAUGAUUUAUCCCGUGAAUCUUGCUCCAGAAGUUCUCUUAAUAAUAAAACGCGUAGACAAAAUGAGAUAACUAGUUCCAUAUCAGGUCGCUGUUUGGAUUCAUCGAAUUCAAAUGAAAAUUUAUCUGUAAGAAAACCUGUUGUGUGUACAAAUUCUCAAUCGUCAAAUAACAGAUCAUCGAAGACGCGCUCCUCAAAGCAUAAUACUAAAAUAGUGCAUAGUCGAGAUUAUCACAGCUCCAACUGUUCCAACUCAUCCACUUCCGCAUCUACUUCUCGGUCAAAUUCUUAUGGAGCUCCAAAUGUCUGUAAUACUUCCAAUAAAAGAAAGAGAUCUACAAAUCGACAUAUUACACAUUCCAACGUAGGCAUGUCCUACGAAGAUAAUUCCCCCAACCAAUCAUCACAAUUUGCAGAUUUUCGUAGCGAUGAUACUGGUGAUAGCAGUGACAGUUCGGAUCAACAAAACCGUGCACUACCUGCAGCCUAUGCAAAUCCUCAUCAAACCGACCGACAUCGGUCACAUUCAUCCGGUGAUGCUGAACCUCCACCUGCUCCUUCUCCUCGUAGUUCAUCUUCUUCCACUUCAUCUUCAUCAUCCUCUCGUUCAUAUUGUCACAUUCGCUCAAGUUCAAGUAAUCUUCCAGGAAAUAACAAGACCCAAGUAAUAUCAUCUGGUUCUUCACGUCAUUCAUCAACGUCUCAAUCACAAGACAGAGGUAGACAUAAUCAGUCGAGGUCGCGACGGCAAGGUAUUAAACCGAAAUCAAAAAAACUAAAUGAUAGCAAUGAUCACAAUCGACAAACCCGCUCUUUAAAAGAAAAGAAAAAGCUGUCUGCAUCCGUGUGUCAUAGAAGUUCUGAUUCUGGUGAUGACAUCGAUGACAACAAUAGAAGAGAAAUAUCGAAUCCGGUUUAUAGUUACCGUGAUUCUUCAUCAGAUCUCAAAGAUAUCUCUUCUAAAGAGUCAUCCAUUUUGAGACGUGGUGAAGGUGGUUGUUCUGACGUAUCUGAGGAUGAGAGCUCAACACCAGGUAAUCGAAAUGUGCGUAGACAGUCCUCUCGUUCUCCAACUUCUUCUUACACUUCUUCAAGAAGUACUGAUCGCAAUGUGCCAAAUCGUAGAAAUAAAGAAAGAGUGAUAGAGAACAAAUACAAACAUUCCAAGCGAAAGCCAUGUACUCCUGAUUCAUCAUUAUCGAAUACUCGCAAAUAUGGGCAGUCUAAAAACCGGAAUGAACAUAAUAUUGAAGAAAAACAUUUUAAUAACAACCGUAAACGUGCUUUACUUUCUCCACCAACGAGUACAAAACUUGAAACUAAAUAUGGAGAUCAAGAAAAGCUUCCGAACUCUCAUCACUCAGUGAACAAGAAAGUUUUUCAUGGGCAAGUUACUUCGAAAACAUCCAGGCGUUCGAGUUCUAUAAAAAAUCAACGAGAAGAAAGUUCUUCUUGGUCAACAAUGGCUCAUGAACGUCAUACUCGCGAUGAUCAUUAUGUUAGUAAGUCAUUUAAAUCUGGAACUAUGCAUAUUGAUAUGACUGAUAGUUCAUCUCGAUCGAGACCACCUCGUUUUGGACAUACAACCAAUAACAAGGAUACUAAUGGUAUGCGACAAAAUUACACCUCUAAGAAUUAUCCUGUAAAACAUUCACACAUUAAAACAGACGUACAUGACUCAAAAUUACAUUGGUCUAAAAGUGGCAACUCGAGAAAUUUUCGCCCACCAGUUACAUCUUCGAGUCAAUCACCUAUCGGCAGAGUUGGAAAACAUGUUGGGGCAUCAAGUGAUCAUCAUCAUCACCAGAAUGCGCGUAAAAAACAAACAAAUAUUGUAUGGGAGCCUGGUCCUAAAAGUAUUAAAAAGGUGAAUAAUAACUAUUCAACCAAAGUUUCCAGUUCUAAAGCACUUUUAAAAACACCUGAAACAACUUCACGGCGUGCAGAUCAUCAUCAUCAUAGUCAACAUGAGUCAUCUAGAGACUCUGAAUCUCAUAAUUCCGAUUCUUCAAGUAGCUCAUCUUCUCCUGAAGAAGAAGACGAUGAUGAAGUUGUCGAUGAUGUUGACGGUCAUCUGAUCUAUAGUAUUGGUGAUCGUUUAUUGAAUCGAUAUGAAAUUGUCAAGACACUUGGGGAAGGUACAUUUGGUAAAGUUGUUGAAUGCAAAGAUCAUGUACAAAAUCGUAGAAUUGCUUUGAAAAUUAUCAAAAAUGUUGAUAAAUAUCGUGAAGCUGCUAUGCUUGAAAUCAAUGUUUUAAAUUUCUUAAAUGAACGUAGUGCAAAUGUUGAACAUUUAUGUGUAACCCUGUUGGAUUGGUUUGAUUAUCAUGGACAUAUUUGUUUGGCAUUUGAUAUACUUGGAUUAUCUGUUUUUGAUUUCUUGAAAGAAAAUAAUUAUGUCGGUUAUCCAAUGGAACAUGUUCGUCAUAUAUCUUAUCAAUUAUGUUAUGCUGUUCGAUUUUUACAUGAUAAUCAAUUAACUCAUACAGAUUUAAAACCAGAAAAUAUAUUAUUUGUUGAUUCAGAUUAUAUAUCAGUACAUAAUCGUAAAAAACGUCGACAUGAACGUAUGGUUAAAUGUUCCGAUAUACGUUUAAUUGAUUUUGGUUCAGCAACAUUUGAUUAUGAUCAUCAUUCUACAAUUGUAUCAACAAGACAUUAUCGUGCACCUGAAGUAAUACUUGAAUUAGGUUGGUCUCAACCAUGUGAUGUUUGGUCAAUUGGAUGCAUCAUGUUUGAAUUGUAUACAGGUUAUACACUAUUCCAAACUCAUGAUAAUCGUGAACAUUUAGCUAUGAUGGAACGUACUUUAGGUCAUAUUCCUUAUCGAAUGACUAGAAAGUCACGAACUGGGUUUUUCUAUCAUGGACGUUUGGACUGGGAUUUUUAUAAUCAAGAAGGUCGUUAUGUUCGUGAGAAUUGUCGUCCUUUACUUCGUUAUUGCAAAGAUGAAAGUCAAGAUACACUUGAUCUAUUUGAUUUAAUGUCUAAAAUGUUAGAAUAUGAUCCAGCAGACCGUAUUCCUUUAUCUGCAGCACUUACACAUCCAUUCUUUUUACAUUUACCAUCACAUCAACGUUUAACAUAUACUCUUCAUCCAUCAGAUACAAUUCCACCUAAUGAACGUCGUACAUCCGGUUCACGUAGUGGAACAAAUAAUCAACAACCAUCAACAACAGCGAAUAAUGGCUCGUCAUCUUCAUCAUCAGUAUCAUCAGAUGUUAAGCGUAAUAGGUAA